AUGGAUAAGAGUUGGAUUUCUAAUAACAAUAGAUUGUCUGCCAAGUACAAUAAGGGAUUGCAAAAAUUCAUUAGAUUAUCAAGUAGUCAUCUGAAUGAGGAGAAUAAGAUUCGGUGCCCAUGUGUUAUGUGUAUGUAUUUAUACUUUCAUGACUUACAGACAAUUGAGCGUCAUAUCUACGUAAAAGGGUUUUAUACUCGAUAUGUUAACUGGGUACAUCACGGGGAAGAUAUUUUAGAAGAAAGUGAUCAUGAUAAUAAUGAUGCUACUGAUGUCGAAGAUUUCAGUGAUAUUGGCGAUAAUAAUAAUGACAUUGACCAUGAUGACAAUGAUGAUAUGAUCCCAGCAAUUGAAGACUUGGCUCAAGAAGUUCCUACACAUAAUGCUUCUGAGAAUUUUGAGGAUUCAAGUCAUAAGGAGAAAUGGAAAAACUUCCAUAACUUAUUUGAUGAAGUAGAAAAAGAAUUGUAUCCUGGAUGUACAAAGUUUUCAAGUUUGACUUUCAUGGUUAAGCUAAUGCAUAUAAAAGUAUUGACUAGCUUGAGUAUUAAAGGCUUCGACAUGAUUCUUGAGCUUCUUAAGGAUGCAUUUCCUGAUGAUAACAAAAUCCCAAAUUCUUAUUAUGAGGUUAAGAAAAUAUUGAGUGGUCUUGGUUUAGAGUGCGAAACAAUAGAUGUAUGUAAGGAUGAUUGUUGUUUGUACUGGAAAAAUAAUAAAGAUGCUACAAAUUGUCCUAUAUGUGGUCAUGAAAGAUAUGAGUACCAAGGAACUAAAGGAAAAAAAAUACCACAUAAAAAGAUGCAUUAUUUUCCAAUAACUCCCCGUUUACAACGACUUUUUAUGUCAAGACACACCGCAGCAGAUAUGAGGUGGCACAAAGAAAAACGUGUGGAUACUGAAGGUGUACUUAGACAUCCGGCAGAUGCAGAGGCUUGGAAAGAUUUCGAUAAGCAAUAUCCUGAUUUUGCCAAAGAGCCUCGAAACAUUAGGUUGGGAUUUGCAACAGAUGGGUUUAAUCCGUUUGGUGAUUUAUCAAACUCAUACAGCAUGUGGCCAGUAAUACUAAUGCCAUAUAAUAUGCCACCAUGGAUAUGCAUGAAACGAGAAUCUUUAAUGAUGGCAGUACUUAUUCCUGGACGUCGUGCUCCAGGUAAGGACAUAGAUGUCUAUUUACAACCCUUAAUUGAAGAACUAAAAGAAUUAUGGGAGAAAGGAGUAAGAACUUUUGAUGUUGUUGAUAAAACAUAUUUUACAAUGCGUGCUGCUGUGUUAUGGACAAUUAAUGAUUUCCCUGCAUAUGGUACUGUGUCCGGCUAUAGCACUCAAGGGUAUAAGGCAUGUCCAGUUUGUGAGGAUGACACAUCUUCAUUUCGAGUUAGGGGUAAGAUCUCUUACAUGGGACAUCGUCGAUAUUUGUGUGCUGAACAUCAGUGGCGCAAUGAUAAGGAAUACGAUGGUACAAUUGAAACACGAAAUCCCCCUCAAGAGUUAACAAGUGAUGAAAUUUUAACUAAAUUAGAUGGUAUGUGGAAAUGUAGGCCGGGUAAAAAUGUUGAUAUUGUAAAAGAUGAUCAGAAUCAGAUGAAGAAUGCAGGCUAUCAAAAUAAAACAAAUUGGAGGCGUAAAAGUAUUUUGUGGGAGUUAGCAUACUGGCCCAAACUUAAACUAAGGCAUAAUUUGGAUGUGAUGCAUAUUGAGAAAAAUAUAUGUGAUAGUGUGGUUGGAACAAUGUUUAGCAUCGACGGCAAGUGUAAGGAUACCGAUAAGGCACGACUUGACUUACAAGAUUUGAAAAUUCGUAAGCAAUUGCAAAUGAAGAAACGGGGGAACAAGUGGGUGAAACCUACGGCUUGUUAUACAUUAUCGAUGAAGGAACGACAAACUAUUUGUAAGUUCUUGGAGUCUGUUAAAUUUCCAGAUGGAUAUGCAGCAAACUUGUCUCGAAAUAUAAUUAUGAAAGAUGGGAAGAUUACUGGUUUAAAAAGUCACGAUUGUCAUAUAUUAUUACAGAUAUUGCUACCUAUUUGUGUAAGGCCAUACUUGAAAAAAAGUGAUGAGUGUAAUUGCUGA